ACAAGAAUAACAUCCAAGUUAUUUGUUAUAUCAAUUCAUUUUCUCAUUUGCUCUGUAAAAUGAGAUUCUCUAUCGUCGGUUUGCCAAAACUUCGUCUAUCACAGACUCGAUUCUUUGGUUUUGGUAACACGAUCGGAAUUCGUUCGGGAUGCAUUACUGAAUCGAAUAUUUCACCCACUUUUACCCCUGAAAAGCGGUUCCUUCAUGCCGGACAGGGACAUUUGCAAAGAUUAUCACAUAUCGUUCCUCUUGCUUUUAAAUCUUCGAGUUCCAAUGUCUUUUUCGUAAAAAACUAUGAAGAUUAUCAUAAUAUUGUGUAUUCUUCCUUGGAAACCCAAAUAGUUAGCUCCAAAGAUCUCUUAAUCUCUCUGUUUUUCACAAAGCAAAGCACGUCCUCACUAUCGGUAUUCGAAUCUAUAGGUAAGAUUGCGGAGGAUUUCCCAUUAAACAAAAUUCUGAUCAUCGAUGCCGACGUCGUCCCUCGAUCGGCCUACGAUGCUGAUAUACAACAGUUCCCAUCUGUCUUGCUUUCAUAUGGAGGUGACUUAUAUCGCCAGCUUAUUGAAACAAAUGGAGGGUUUCAUAAAGAUUGGCAGCGUUCAUAUGGCUGGUAUUUCAAACCAUUGGAUAUCAAUCAGGAGGAAUCUAGGGUAGAUUGCGUACUACCUGAGAGACUUUAUGAGUUGAUACAUGAAGGAAUAAAUAAGUUCCACUCUUCUCACAACGGACGAAAUAUUUCUAGUAUCAAAUCGAAGGCUGGAACACAUUCGUAUACGCAUGGUAUCGAUACGGAUAAUCUAAACCUCAAGCGUGUUGGAUGGCCCACAGAAUAA